ACAAAGGCCAGCAGCCGAAGUCGAUGACACAGAUCGACAGCAGAGCAGCAACACAUGGACAUCGCUGCUGACUGCGAGCACCGCAUGGAGCCGGUGCUGGUGACCCCGAGCCAGCCGACGCCGGCGCACACCCUCUGCCUCUCCAACCUUGACGACCAGUGCCUCCUCCGCUUCUCCGUCGAGUACCUCUUCGUGUUCGCCGGUCACGUCGACGUCGACGCCCUCAGGACGGCGCUGUCCAGGGUCCUCGUCGACUACUACCCGCUCGCCGGCAGGCUCGGGCCCGGGGACGACGGCAAGCAUGUCGUCGAUUGCAACGCGGAGGGGGCGCUUUUCGGGGAGGGGUUCCUGCCGGGGCUCACUGCCGACGAGUUCCUCCAGGGGUCCGCCAUUGCUAAGCCUCACGAAUCUUGGAGGAAGCUGCUCCGCGGAGCCGAGCCGCAGAGCUUCCUUGGUGUGCCCCCUCUUGUCGUCCAAGUGACUCGCCUCGGCUGCGGCGGCACCGUCCUUUGCGCGGCCAUCAGCCACUGCCUCUGCGACGGCAUCGGCGCCGCGCAGUUCCUCCAUGCGUGGGCGCGCGCCGCCAGGUUCGAAGCCGCCGAUCACCACGUCGCGCCCUUCCAUGACCGCUGGGUCCUGAGGCCACGCUGCCCUCCGUGCAUCGCGUUCGAGCAUCAGGAAUACGCCAUGAACUCCUUCCCCAGUGGCGAUGAACGGGCGGCAACGUCCAGCCUCUUCACCGGACCGCUGGCGCCGGUGUCUCUGACCUUCACGGGGGCACACGUCCAGCGCCUCAAGGACCGGUGCGCGCCGUGGCUCGAGGAAUGCACGUCCUUCGAGGCGCUCGCAGCUCACGUCUGGCGCGCCUGGGUGCGGUCCCUCGGUCCUCCGAGCGACCUCCGCGUGAAACUCCUCUUCACCGUCGACAUCCGCCGUCGGGUGAAGCCGGGCCUCCCCGAAGGGUACUACGGCAACGGCUUCGUGCUUGCAUGCGCCGAGUCGACGGCUGGGCAGUUGGCGGCGCCGUCCGGCGAGCACCACGCGGCGAGGCUGGUGCGGGCGGCCAAGGAGAUGAUUGAUGAUGACUACGUGCGCUCCACGGUUGACCUCCUCGAGCUGCGACGGGACGCCAUGCCAGACCUCUCGGCGAGCCUGGUGAUCUCGGCGUGGACGCGGAAGGGGCUGGAGGACCUGGACAUCGGGGCCGGGCGGCCGUUGCACGUGGGCCCACUGACCAGCGAGACGUACUGCUUGUUCCUCCCGGUGGUGGACGAUCCCCGUGGCGUGACUGCGCUGGUGUCGGUCCCGGAGGCGCCCGCCGAGAGGUUGGAGGACCGGUGCCUUCAUGGGUUGGAUGACGUGGAAAACGAAGAGCAGUAA